AGAAAUGCAGGCCACGAAAGGCAUAGCGCACAACUCCCAAGUCCUGUGUUAUGCUUACUCUCUCGACAGAUCUGAGGUUCUGAAUUACCAUAAAUUCAGAGCACGUCAACGGUUACAUUCAGUGUUUACGACAGGAGAUGAAGUUAUAACAUAGGUAGAAAUCGGGAUUUGGUGUAGCUGUGUGCAAGACCAAUCUUUUCAUCUAUCAUCGAUUGCUCGAGCCGAACACUCUCGCUCGAACGCUCAUGAACUGUUCGUAACUGUGAGUAGUUGACGAUCAGUAAUCCAGGUAUACCAUUCGCUGCCACACGUUCGGACGUUCAGAAAUUUGUCACCUGUAUUCACUGUGUUUCCCUCCGCUCUGCUCCCAAAGCGGAUUACCCUCUUUCUCUUCCUUUUGAUGAGUCCCUUGAUGUUUAGGUGGAUAAAGUUGUGGGCAAGAGAUAGCACAUUGCCUGUAGUAUUAGACUAUCCUUUGCAGAUUGCUGUGAAGCAAUUUCACGAGCUUUGUUGGUUGCAUAAUUCUUUCAGGACAGGUUUCAGACCAUGUUCCGGGAUUGUUAGUACUAACGUCACAGUCACGAAAGUCGUGAAGGAACUCCUUCAGCAAGCUUUUGGAUAUUCUUUGUCCGAUCAACUGAGUGAUUGGCAUAGCGCAAGUACGAGAAUAUCUCAUCCAGGGGGCCAUUCAAGGGUUUGGAUACCAGGUCCUGAUCAAUAGCUCUUCGGACAUUUCUCCUUAACUAAUCUCAGCCCCUCGCAGCUGGACAACAGGUUUUUCUUCAAAUCUUAUUGUCAGAAACGCUUCACCUCUUCAGUUUAAGGACGAUAAAGUUGGCGGACACCUCUCCCGUGGGUAGAUUGAGGUGGGACUUCCCGUCCCGUCUGACCGUGACGAAAAGACUUGGUCGAAUCAACGAAGCGAUCCUGCAUCUGCACUCACGGUCGAGUGAACACCUCAGAUACAGAAUUCUUCGAUGAGCAAAAAUCAAAGACAAAACACGGAGCUGAGAACAGGGCUAAGCUGACUAAUGCCGACACGAGCAAAUUUUGACCGACUGUCAGUACAAUUCUUCUAUUCAGUAUGCAAACAUGGGGAGCGGACUAUACAAAUACAGAAGUGAGGUUGAGAGCUGGUGACUUGCUUCAACCUCUGCGAGAUCGAAUGAUUUAUUGACAAUGAGAUGGCGAGAAGAGAGUGUUCGAAAUAGGGUUUUCGAUUUAGGGUUUUGGAAAAGGAUCGACUCCAACGGAAACGUCGGCAAGCUCUGACGAGAGGAACCACUGUACAGAAGCCAACGACAUAAGAACUGGUACAGUAUCUGUCGGGCAUGGUUGCUCUUGUACAACGUAGUAAGGAGAGAGAAUUGAAGUGCAAAGAUUACAAUAAAACAGUGACUUCAAUAUUAAGAUUGUAGCAUUAGUGUUGAGUAACAAUUGAUGAAUAUCACUCUCUGUUGAAGGCUAUUUUAUC